AAAUAAAUUCCAAAAACAUUAUUCCUACAACUUGUCUUUCACAACUCAUCAAGAUGGAAUCAGCUCGUCAACCUCAGCCAUUGUCAUUCAUCAUGGAACCUAGUGGUCCAACACAGGCUCUUGUUCCUAAACCCCCAACCACAGUCCAGGCUGAAUUCACUCGACGCAAGAACUGGUCACAAAGCAUCUUAGAUGAGCUCCGAGAUGUAGUUCAUGUACUGUCUCCCAAAUUCAAAAUCCUUUAUUGCUCUCCAGCCUCAAGUGAAUUUCUUGGAUACCAGCCCACCGAGCUUGUCAAUCAUCUCUUCACAGAGUAUCUUCAUGUUGAUGAUGCUGACACAUUCUCCCGGGAAUUCCGCAAUGCCAGUGCCGAAAACAAGCCAUUCAAAGCCUAUUACAGAUUGUUGAGAAAAGACGGAAAAUACACUAGCCUGGAAACACGAGGCCAUUUCUUCAAAGGAUGUUUCUUUGGUCUUGCUCGAUGCGUCCCUGCCCAGUCUACUCGCAUGAUGGACACAUUCCUGGACCUCAAGAUGGAAAAUGAGAUACUCAAGCGUAAGCUUGUCAACAUGAAGCAGAAGCAACAGCAGCAGAAUCUUGAGUCAGAAAAGAGCUCUCCUAUCACUAGUAGCAGCGAAGACAGAUCAGAGACCGCCGAUAUGGAUGAUGAUGAAUUUGAUGGCGACUUUGACGAAGAAGAGUUCCUUCCUAAUGCUGCACAUGUGUACACACCUGGUGUCAACACUUCAUACGAUAUGCUUGAGAGUGUGUCUCUAUUCACUGGUCUGCGAUACGACCUGGGAGAGCGAUCCCGGGGUAUCUCCCUUGGUCUUGUUGGUGAAUUGACGACUGUAGCACAGCUACCCCCUUCGAUGCCAUCAACUAUCAAUAGUAUAGAGAGAGUAACAGUCCACGAUGAAGAUGAAGAAACUAACGAGCAACAGAAGAGAGUCAAGAAGAAACGUAUCGAGGUUGAAGCCCCAAAGAUCUGUACUGACUGUGGAACAACUUCUGCACCCGAAUGGAGAAAAGGUCCUAAAGGCCCAAAGACACUAUGCAAUGCAUGCGGAUUACGUUGGGCAAAGACAAGCAAAAGACCAGAUGGGUCAGACAUAUAAGUACAUUAUAAAGUACACACGUAUAGUUGGAUACAUACAUAUGCAUAUAUACGUAUACAUAUAAAUUGCAUAUGUGUAUACAUAGCUAUUCAAGAAAAUAAAUAAGCUUGCAAACCACCAUUUUAUUAUUAUUAUUAUAAUUUUGAAGUCAAAGUCAAAAUCGUAAAAUUUUAGGUACCCU